GCCACAGCUUGCUGUUUAUCUGGGUGAAGUCACCGGUGUGUACACCCAGUCUACAGGUUCAGCUCUGCAGUUGCACUGAUGGCUUAUCCAGGAGGAGGGGGCUACUACCCGGCCGGUGGGUUUGUACCGGCACCCGGUGGAUACCCACAACAAGAUCCUAUGUAUGGCUACUUCCUACAAAUAGCAGGCCAGGAUGGACAGAUAGAUGCUGAAGAGCUGCAGAGAUGUCUCUCACAAUCUGGCAUGUCUGGAUCAUACAAACCCUUUAACCUGGAAACCUGCAGAGUGAUGAUCUCCAUGUUGGACAGGGACAUGUCGGGCAAGAUGGGCUUCAAUGAGUUUAAAGAACUGGGGAUGGUAUUGAAUGGCUGGAGACAGAACUUCAUGGUCAUGGACGCAAACCGGAGCGGAACAAUAGAUGGGAUGGAGCUCCACAGGUCUCUGGGAUCUAUGGGCUUUAGAUUGAGCCCACAAGCUCUGAACAUCAUCACCAGGAGGUACAGCAAUCACGGCAGAAUUGGGUUCGAUGACUACAUCACUUGUUGUGUGAAGCUGCGAGCCCUGACGGAAACCUUCAGAAGGAGAGACGCGUCACAGCAGGGAAUGGUGAAUUUCAUGUAUGAUGAUUUCAUACAAUCCGUUAUGAGCAUCUGAGGGAGACCCAAAGCCCAGAAGAAAUGCAACAUUCCCAGCACCGACUCGCCGUUCAUUCCCAGCAGCGCUUGUAAUUGUAACCGCUUGCGUGCAAUUAGUCAUUUUUAUUUUUUUAAAUAAAUGAAUU